AUGUCGAUCCUAUACCUCUCCUCGCGCGCGGCGCUGCGCCAACCAGCAGGCAUCGUCUUUCUCCACCCGUCCGAACGAGUCUCACGCUCCGAGCUGGACCGGCGGGAUCGAUGCUACCGCGCAGCGCGGGAGGCCGAAUACGCCCGUUCCUGGGCCGAAGAUGCAACGCUCGUGGGCACCGUCAUCUACACCACCGACGGGCGCACCGCGAGCGAUCGCAGCAGCAACCGCAGCACCCGCUCCAGGAGGGGCCGCACCAGCGUCGCCCGCAAACUAGGCAAGAGACUCCGGUUGAAGAAGCUGAAGGAUCUGUUCAGUCAUGCGUAG